AUGGAAAACGGCACUUGUCCGCCAGACUUGCGUUACGACGCAAAAGCGAACAUUUUUCCAGACGAGUACUUUAAGUCCGACAUUAAAGCCAUCCGAAAGGAGGCUGAGCAGAAAUUUCUAAGAGCGCUCAUUAAGUUUCACAACCGUCGCCUCGACCGCAAAAUUGCGAAAAGCCAAAUCUUGUAAUAAGAAUACAUCAGUUUAAGCAGGCAAUCUGACUCAUGUAACAUUCCAGAAAGUUUAAAAGCAAUCACAGCUAACCUAGAGAAACGCCGUGAAGAAGUAAAUGCAAUGUAG